AUGCUGGUGAAGUGUCCUCACCAUGGCAUUCCAGACCAGAUGCUUGGCCAUAGAUUCUACAUGGGGUUAGCUGAUAAUCUAAAGGCCAAUGUGGAUGCUUCAAUUAGAGGUGCAUUUUUGAGUAAGACAUUUACCGAGUGCAAAGUCCUUCUUGACAAGAUGUCCCAGAAUUCGGGGUGGAUGACUAGAGGUACAACACUAGCACCCAUAGUGCAUUCAGUUCUUCUUGACCCAAAUAAUUCACAUGCAGAGAAUAUGGCCACACUCAUGACUCAGAUGUGUAUUUUGACAAAGAAGAUAGAUGAGAUGGGUACCAAACAGUUGGGGCAGUUGUCUAUGGCUUUAAACAACCGCCCCCAAGGAACAUUGCCAGCGGAUACAAAUAUUAACCCCAAGGAGCAAAACCCGAAUCAGCUGAUGGCAGUAAGUCUCCGGAAUGAGAGAGAUUUAGACAAAGAGCAGGAGGUUGCACAAGCCAGCAAAGAGAUUACACCAGCCACUCCAAUUCUACUAGAGGUAGAUGAACCAUCAAAUCUGACUGAAGUGGUGGUUGAACAAGGUCAAGAUGAAAAGGGUAAGGCUAAGGUAAAUGAACAAGCUGCAAAACAGCUAGUGCCUCUUGUGCUACAGAACCCCAACAGAGAGAAGCCAGCAAACAGUGCACAAAGGUUGAAUAUUCCUUUGGUGGAUGCCUUGAGGAAGAUGCCAGGUUAUGCGAAGAUGAUGAAAGACCUAAUGUCACGGAAGUUUGAUUUGCAAGACCUAUCCACAGUAACUCUCACGCAGACUUGCAGCGCAGUAGUGACUAAACCGAUGGCUCAAAAGAUGUCAGACCCAGCCAGCAUAAAUUUGAUGCCUCUGGCUGUUUACACCAAACUGGGCAUUGGCAGAGCUAGACCGACUUCGAUGCUGCUGCAGCUGGCUGACCGCACAGUAAAAAGGCCUACUGGGAUUCUUGAUGAUGUGCUGGUGCAAGUGGGGAAGUUCGUGUUCCCUGCAGACUUUGUUAUUCUGUACUGUCAGGUAGAUGAGAAGAUACCUAUCAUUUUAGGUAGGCCAUUUUUGGCCACUAAGAGAGCACUAAUCGAUUGUGAGGCUGGGGAAUUAAAAAUGAGACUGAACGAUGAAAAAGUCAUAUUCAAUGUUCAGCAAUUUAUGAGGAGACCCAGUGAAUAUGCUAAUUGCUCUCUAGUGGAGGUAGUGGAUGUGAUCCUGCAAGAAGAUGAUGUGACCCUGACUGCUAAAGAUCCAUUGGAGGCAUGUCUGACAAAUUUAUAA